CUCUGUGGUUGUGCCGAACUGAACUCUUGAGUCAUGCCGGACUGAUACUCUUUAGCCAUGCCGAACUGAUACUCUUUCUUGGGCUUUACUGUUGUUGGGCUUGUUUAGUACGUACUCCAUCACUAUGCAAGAAGGGUCUUUAUGAUUCAGCUAAAAUGGUGUAUGAAAGUAUGAAAUUUGAUGGCUUUUGGCCGAAUACCUCACUUCUUGAUUUGUUAGUUUCUGCAGUAGCUAAGGCGGGUAUGUUUAGGGUAGCAGAAGAAAUUUUGAUUGCUGAAGCUGAAUUCUGCGUUGAGAAAGAGAAAAGAGUUAGUUCUUUUGUAUAUAAUAAUUAUCUGAGCAUUCUAGUGCGUAAAAAUUGCAUAAAUGAGGCUGUUGUAUUUUUCAGAGGACAUAUAUUAAGGUUAAGAAGCUUUGAUCCCGAUAAUUGUAGCUUUAACAUAGUGGUGCAAGGACUAUGUCGUGCUAGUAAGGUUGAGAAGGCUUUUGAGCUCUUUGAUGUUAUGAGGGAUUUUGAUUGUUAUCCGGAUCUUGUUACGUAUAACACACUUAUUAAUGGGUUAUGUAGCGUUGGUAGAGUAGAUAGAGCAGAGGAGUUACUAAGAGAAGUUGAACUGCAAUCUGGAUUUUCUCCAAAUGUUGUGACUUAUACAACACUCAUCUCUGGAUACUGUAAAUUGGGUAAGUUAAAUAGAGCUGUGACUAUUUUCGAUAGGAUGAUUGAUAGAGGGGUCAGACCAAAUUUGUUUACUUUUAAUGCUAUUAUUAAUGGUUAUGGUAAAAAGGGUGAGUUGGCUUCAGCGAUUAAGAUGUAUGAGAGGAUGGUGAUUGGUGGUUAUUGCCCUGAUGUUAUCACCUUCACCUCUCUCAUGGAUGGUUGUUGCCGCCUUGGAGACUUGGCUCAAGGUGUGAGAUUCUGGGAUGACAUGAACGAUAGGAAGGUGCCUCCUAACAUUUUUACCUUUUCAAUUUUAAUUAGUGCCCUAUGCAAAGUGAAUAGACUAAAUGAGGCACGUGAUUUGCUUAAUCAGUUGAAGAAGAGGGAAGACAUUGUCCCAGGGCCAUUUGUUUACAACCCUGUUAUUGAUGGUUAUUGUAAAGUGGGAAAUGUAGAUGAAGCAAAUGUGGUUGCUGAAGAAAUGGAGGCAAAAGGAUGUAUCCAUGACAAGAUGACUUUCACCAUUCUCAUUUUGGGGCUCUGUAUGAAAGGGAGAGUGUUUGAAGGUAUUCGAUUGUAUGAAAAGAUGGUAUCAGUGGGGUGUGUACCCGAUAAUAUCACUGUAAGAUCUUUGAUAUCUUGCCUAAGAAAGGCAGGGAUGUCACGAGAAGCAAAUGAAAUAGAGUUCAAGGCAUUAAAUAGUGUUCACCCAGGUUUAUUGUUUGAAACUACUGCUGCAGUUGGGAAAGUGAACGAACCAAUGACUAAACCUGUUUAGUCAGAGGGUUAUCUUGCUGCCUCAAUCUGUCAUUGAACAUUUUAUGAGGCACUUGAGUCCAGAAAUUUGUGGGCCAACUAUAGGUAAGUCAAAAAGAAAGUAAUGUAACUAAUAUAUUCCCCUCGCGUGCAAGAAGUAAUGCAUAUAAACGUGACUAAAGUAUUCUAUCACCAGCAUACAGUUGACAUGAUUUGUAGAAUUGAUGCUGUUAUCUGGGUUCCGUUCAUUUAGGCAGCUUCUGUUCUCCAUCGCAGAUUUUGGUGUUUGGCCAUUGCAUCUGCACCUGAUGAGAUUCUAUGGUUGUAGCCGGGCAACUAUUGUCUAGUUUCUUGAGGCUACAGGUGUGUGAUACUUACUCAAAUUCUUCCUCUUUUGUUAUUGUCUCCAUCUUAACCUACCUUGUGCAGUUCCUUUUACAAUAUAGUGCAUGGCUAGAUCCCUUUCUCGAUGCCUAAAAUCUGGAAACUAGCUUGUUUUAUUUUUCCUUAUUCAUGUAUACAAUUAGAUUUUGCAAGUUGUUCAGUUUUUCAUUACUAAUUUCUGCAGGACUUUUUAAUUCUGUGUUAAUGUCAUGAAGAUUUAACAUGUUGCAACUGAAACUGCAUGUCAUAUGACUAGUGUCCGGCAUUUUGACUGUGUGGGAUCGCCUAUUAGACAACGUCUUUUUAGCAAGGCGAUUAGAGUCAUAUAGAAAAUAAGUUUACAUGUUUAUGACUUCUUUCCUUUUAAUUUUGAUGGUCUCCUUAAAAUUACUGUGUCUACUAGUAGUACUAAAAUAAGAAUGCCAUGUUUUCAACAACCUGGCACUCUCCCUACAUCAUACAGUUCGGGUUUUGUAAUAAAAAAACUUUGAAAGUUCAUAGUAUCAUCAUAACUGAAAAAGUUGUCAUAGAAUGAGGAAAUAUUAAAGCUUGUUUUUACAGCAAAUUUACUGUAUUUCUGCUAUUUCCGACAGUAGCUUCUGUGGUUGUAUUUAUGAAGUCUGGAAGUUUAAUUUGCAGUUUAUAUAUGCAUUCAGUUUAGGGUUAUUCUUAAAUGACAAUUUGAACUUUUGAGUCCAUGAUGACUUUUUAGCUUCAACUUAAAUAAAUUGGUCAGAAUUACCAUCAACUUUGGGCAAAAUCUAGUAUUACUUGGGAACUUUAAACUUAUUAGUGUUUAAAUUCAGCAACUUAACAAGUUGUGCGAAUUUCCCACGAGUCUUUCCGGUCAUAGUAUAAAUCGAUGAGGCAUAUUUAAUCCUAGGUGAAUUUAUGUGGCAAUAAGAGGUGGCAUAAGUUAGCAAUGUGGAUAAAAACUACUCUGUAUGGAGUACAAAUAUUUUUAUUUUACAAAAUAAUCAAAAAAAAAA